AUGAUACAAUGUGCUAAACUUAAUCUUACUUUUUCUCCACAACGAUUUACAAGCGAUUUUGACCAUUCAAUCUGGCGCAAGAUUCAGGAACUUGGACUCUCUCGAUUAGUAUCUUCUAGCAGAAGAGAAAUUAAUGAUGAUGAUCAUAAGAAGGCUGAUCGUUGGGUGCUUGGUGCAAUUGAUCUUGCACUUAUACCACCAUCGUUAGUUGAAACAACUUGGGUCAGUUUGAUGAAUGACUAUACACCAAAGAAUUAUCAAACAGCUUCACAGUUCAAUGAUUUCAUGGUUUCCACUUAUGUAGAAAAUGGUUCAACACGAUUUGGUGUGGACAUAUGGAACGUCUAUGAAGCUAUUGUUAAUCGUCGCCUUCGAACGAACAACCACGUAGAAGGUUACAACCGGCAAAUGAAAGCAGAAUUUCCUAUUCAUCCACAUAUCGAUCAAUUUAUAGAGACAUUACGUAUGGAACAUGAGUACCAACAUCAUAUUGCCGAAGCAAGCCAAGUCCAACUACGAAGACGUAAGAAAAUUUACGAUCAAAUUGAUAUUAAACUUGUUACGUGGCGUGAAGAACACAUGAACAAGAAAUAA